AUGGAUAUUUUGAUCGCGAUUUGCCUCGGUCGUAGCAUACGACGUCCUCGGCGGCGGCUAAAGGCAACGGAUUUGCCGAAUAUCAGGCGGCAGAUGGUGAGAUCGUGUGAUGCGACGGCGUGUACCGCCGGCUUUCUCAAUCCCAGACCUUCGCCUUUCACAGCCGAUGAACGGCGGAUCUCAGAGGGGUCCCAAACCGAGCAUAGGCUCGUGGUGGCUGGUCGUCGGCAGCCGACCGAAUCUGCUGCACCGUCGUCGCUGGUCGGCGAAAACCACCCUAAUCGGCCCAACCAACCGGCAGCGCCACGGGGCAACAACGAGAACAUCGGCCUUGCAAUAUAUGAGUGUGAAAUAGAAACUGGACUCGUCGAACUACUAGUUGCCGACGCCGUCAUCAAAUUCGAGGCGCCUCCCUCCUCGACAACAAUCCGUGCGCCGGUCACGCCCGAUUUCGCCGCGGCCCGCUCUCAGAUUCGGGUUGGAUGUCGGCCAGUGCACAAGGGUUCUUAA